AUGGCUCGCUCCAUCACCUCUAUUACAAGCUCUCCGAAGGUCUUGACUAUUACAUCACCAGCUAAAAAAGGCUCCGUUCUGCCAUCAUUCACCAUCCCUCCCGGCUGGACCUCGAGUCCAUUAAGCCCCGUCUAUCAUGAAGAGUGGGAUGGUCCCGAUUCUGAAGGCCAAACAAUUGCUCGAUGCCAUGGUCUCCAACCAGGAAAGCCGGUGAUGGAGGAUAACGAAGCGUGGACAACAAUUUUCCUGUCUGGCAAUAAGUUCUACAUUUGGGAUCGGAUGGACGACGGGAUGAUUGAAAUUGUUUCCCAAGAUAUAUGUGAGAUCGCUCGUACUAUUUCCGAAUCGGAGCUUAGAGAGCUGGCCACAAAACCUAAGGAGGAGGGUGAUAAGCCGAAAGAUCCAGAAGUCAAAUGCGUGAACACUGCCUACAGCAAGGCCGUCUCAGUCGACGUCUCCUUGAUGCGCAUGCUAGCCAACAAGUUCUGUAGUGGGGAUAAGAACAAGAAGCGCAGCCAGGAUCUAACAGCUAAAGAUGUGUCAUCCUCUGCUUAUAAGUACUAUAAGUUCCACUUCGAGCUCGAUCCUGGAAAGAACUCCAAGUUUGACUGUAAUGCAGUCUUCAAGUCCAUCACUGGUAAAUGCCAAGGAUAUGACAGCCAUUCUAUCCAGUCGCAAGGCGGCGCUAAAAUCGACGAUUGUGGGGCAAGCUUCAGCUAUAAAAUUACUGUCCCCGAUAAGCCCAAGCCCAAGCCUGAUACAGUCACUCAGCAUGGUCUUCAACCAAGAAAAUGCCACACAAAAGAUCAGUUCGGCAGUCAUGGAGAUGUUCGCGGUGGGGAGCUUAGUAUGCCGCGACUGGAUGUGCUGGGAUCUCCGAUGACAAGGCCAAAUUGA